UGCUCCAGAAUCUCUCGCCGUUGAUCGCGGAAAUCGCGCCACGGGGUGGGCAUUGAGUUGAGCAGCAGUGAGCAGUGAGCGAGAGAGCAUCUUCUCCUCCGCGGCUCAUCUCCGAGAUGAGCCAUCCUGUCGGCGCUUGUUCCUCCCCAGUCUCACCCGUCACUGGACGACGACAUUUUCUAUCGCGACUGUUUCUUUUGUUCCCGCACGUUGGUGCGCUGCGGGUGAAAGGUGCUCUGUUGUAGCAGAAGUACCCACCGCUCAGAUGGCUAGAAUAAUACCUCUCACGGAAGCCACGGCGUGCCUUCGUCGCACCGCCGAUAUUGCCGCUGACCAGUCUUGCUGUGUGGCUUCCCCUCAUGCUGCCCGUUCGCCCCACCCACCCCAUAACGUACCAUCAUGUCGACUAGAGCAGCACUCUCUUACCUCUAUAAAAGCAUCGCAUCAGUCUCCAUCAUCCCAAGCAGCGGUUUUUCAGAACGUCUCUUAUUGAACAAUCGUCUUUAUUCUAGGCUCGAUCAUCGCACAUCGUCGCACAUCGUCGCAUCUUGCCUCGCAUCAUCCAACAAUGACAACGACGGCUCUUCGCCACAUUCUCGCCGCGUCGCUGCUCGCUCUCCUCGUCGUCUCCUGCGCCGCUCGCGGCGGCGGCGGUGGGCGCGAGGGCGGCGGAGGGCGCGGCGGAGGCGGGGGCGGAGGCGGACACGGUGGUGGAGGCGGCGAGUUUGGCGGAGGCUUCUUUGGCGGCGGUCGGCGCAAGGGCAGUAGGGGUCUGGGCACUCGCGUGGGAGCCCUGUAUGCGAGGCUGAACGGCACGGAGACGACUGUGGCUGGAGAUGUGAAUGCCACGGGGGUCAUCUCCCUCGCUGUCUUCCAGAGCGGCAGCGACUACAACAUCCGCUACGGAGCCAGCAUCCGCCUCACCGCCCCAGGCGCACCUCUCUCCAUCGCCAUCAGCACAGGCGCCGCCGGUGCUGCCGAUGGUGCUGCGGCCAUUCUUGAGUUCUCCGCAACCGAAGCCGCCUGGACCAACAUGACGUGGAACGGCACCCGCAGGGACGCCCGCGGCCGCAAGCGCACUGCUCCCGUUCCCAAGUACUUUGGUUUCUUCCGCCCGUCGGUUCGCACGGGUUAUGUGUACGGGUUCUCUGGGGUGUGGUACAAUGCGACGCAGUACAGUAACGCGGCUGGGCAGAGUUAUUUCGAGGUGGCGAAUCUGCUCCUGGCGAAUCCGAGUGGGUACUAUGGGAUUGUGAAGACUGAGACGUUUGCAGAUGGAGCUGCUCGCGGGCAGUUUGCAAAUUUCACCCGCCCGACCCCCGACGCAUACUGGCAGCGCAACUAGGCGAGGGAUUGGAUUGGAGUAUUAUGAUACCUAUACUCGGGUGGAGGCAGAAUUGCAAUGCCACGGAGCUACCGGUAGGAAUCUAGAGACGGAGUUUUGAGCUGGAGAGUGUCACUGUGUAUGCACCAUUUGAGUAAAGCUGUCCCCAACAGUCAUCAU